AUGGCGAUCUGUCAUCCGGAAGUGAAACGGGUUCACCAAAUGCGUCAAACGGCAGCCAUUGUGACUGGGAUCAUCUGUAUCUCGACAAUCCUAAUUGCGCCCGUUGUCUUCUCAGCUUAUUUUCUAUGCGCCAUGGUUGUCGUUGCUUUUCUGCUCCCAUGCACUUUACUCACAUAUUUCUACGCGAGAAUCAUUUUGAGGUUGAGGCGACAGAUACGCACAAUGUUACAAUCAAGAAUCCCCAUUAAACGGAUCACCAUUUACACAUUGGUUGUCACAUUGUUCUACUUCGCAUGUCAGAUUCCCUACUGGUUACCGCAAAUCUACUUGAUCUUUGCGAAAAUCUUUCAUCUUUCUCUCAGUCCUGACUUCAUCAAGAUCACCCAUGUGGCGCAUAUGCUUCCCUUUUUGGCCGCGGCGUUCAAUUGGAUUUUCUAUGCCCAACUGAAUAGUCACUUCAAAAAGGGACUCAUUUUGGUCACCGAACGAAUGCACAGGAAAAUGACAAGAACGGGUAGAAAGCGAGUAGCUGACACGAUGGACGAGUUGUGUAUCGAGAUAAUGUCGAGGAGUGAGGAGGCGCCGAAUUGUGUUUGUCCAAACUGUGAGCAGCCGCUGUCGAUCAAGGUACAAGCUCAAAGCCAGACUGCUCGUGUUUGGGAUCACGGUGACGUCGCUCUCUUAGAGCUGGAAACGGAUAUUGACACCAGUGAUGAUCUUGGAAAGCGAGUAUGCCUCGAAGCCAGGGGCUUGACACUGAAAGAGCCGAUGCUCGCUUUUGGAAUGGGAGAUGGUAAAAUUCAAAAGUUGUCUAGCGAUGAACAAGACACCUUCUGCGGUCGCGGAAAAGCCACGACUAAGGCAAAUAUCCUU